UUUAGAGUUUAAAUUUUACACUAAAUGGAAAAUUAUCUUUUCUGUUUAUAGAUGAAUGUGGACAGCUCUAUAUGUAAGUGUUGUUUGAGUUGUGUACUCAAACUUUUUUCUAAACACAAUGAUUUUUAAACUUUAAAACCUAUAUUCCUGUUGUUGAGAAUCAUGACAACAUAAUAUAACUGGAAGUCAAGUUUGCAGGUGCCCUACUAAUGCUAGUGUACGUUACUAUUUUCUCCUUUUGUCUGUUAUAAUUCAGACUUUGUUUUACAUGUAAAAUCCAAAAACAACUGUAGAUAACUGGUUUGAAAUAAAUGGCAGAAAGUAAGUUUGCCCCAGAAAUUGGUUUCAUUUUUCAGGGUCCUGUCUAAAUAUACUCAAAGAAAAACACAUUAAUAGAUUUUCAACAGAGUACUUUUUUUCAAGUAGCUGUGCAUGACAGAACAUUACUUUGUCCAAAAUUCUAUUAAACCUUUGCGAUCAGGCAAAAAGGACAUCUUCAGUGCAUGGACUUCUGACUAUGAGAUGUGGGAGGAAGAUUACUGUUUAAUGUCAAAGUGAUAAUGCAUUAUUGAAAGUAUAAUAAUUGCAAGCACAACUCAGCAAAUAGAGAUGCCUCUUUUAGUUAUUCUUUCCUAAUACUAUGAAAGGUAUACUGCUGACAUUUACCAACCAAUGAGCUUGUUUUCGUUCCCCCUGGGUCAAAUUAAAAGACAGUUGAAACACUGGACGUAUACUUGGUUGGAACACUUAAUAAAAACAUAUAAUUUCUUGUUUUUCUGUCAUUUGUUCACAUUACUAAAUGCCUAUGUCAUUAAAUGGUGGGAGAGAACAUCUACCGGAACAUAAAAAUAGCAUCGGGAUCAAACUUCCAGGAACACAUUUGACAAUGGAAUAAUCCUGUUUUCCAACAAUAAUGAAAACAACAUGCAUAUUAAGUUCAGAACACUUUGUUUUUUUAUAUGUCAAUAAUACCAUGUCGUCAACAAGUGUUAAAUAUAUGCAUGGAUUCCUGACUAUAUAUAAGCAAUUGAUGAGUUGUAGGGAAUGUUAGAAGACUGUGAACUGGUUACGUUUAUCGUACUUUGGUGCAUGCUGUGUUUAUGCAGUGACAUUAACAAGAUGGCUUCAGGUUUAUCACUAUAUUCCAUUGUUUUGACCCUGAUGUUGGUUUCGAUGCAAUGCCCCAGGGAUCUGGAAGCGUACCCAUUGCUGUCUCUAUCUGAUAUGUUCGCCAAGGCUGUGCACAGGGCACAGCACCUGCAUCUGAUUGCUGCAGAAACCUGCAAAGAUUUUGAACGAAAAUAUAUCCCGGAAGAGCAGCGCCAUUCCUAUAAGAGUUCACCUUCUGUUUUCUGCCAGUCUGAGACUAUCCCAGCACCUACUGGAAAAGAAGAUGCACAACAAAGAUCGGACAAGGAGCUGCUGCUAUACUCACUGCUUCUCAUCCAGUCCUGGCUCAAUCCAAUUCAGAACAGUAGAGCUUUCAGGACCUCGGACAGAGUCUAUGACAAACUAAGGGACCUAGAAGAAGGCAUCUAUGCUCUGAUGAAAGCUCUAGAAGAUGGAGGUUCUUCACAAGGUUUUGCCUGGCUGAAAUUUUCCUACGACAGAUUCAAUGGAGAUUUAAGUGAGGAAGCAUUGAUGAAAAACUAUGGCCUCCUGGCUUGUUUUAAGAAGGAUAUGCACAAAGUUGAAACCUACCUGAAAGUUAUGAAUUGCAAACGCUUUGCAGAGAGUAACUGUAAUGUGUAG